UCUAGUUUUAGCCCAACACCCACGUCGUCCUUGGUUCUUAUCGUCUCCGUCUCUUACACUCUCUCUGGAGUCUGGAAUUUGAAUCGGCUGCUCAACAUCAGCAGCAUCUUGCUCAAAAACCCCCAAAAUCAAAACAACCUUAAAAAAUUCAUACAAAAAUCAUGGCGAAUUGCUUGCAAGUACCCAUGAUGGCACCUUGUUCAGUAUCAUCAUCUUCAACCUCCGUUAAUAUUAGUAGAAGAACAUUUUGUUCGAUGAGACCCAGAAAUGCUUCUAAAAUACCCAUGCCUCCAAUUAACCCUAAAGACCCAUUUCUUAAGAAACUCGCUUCAGUUGCUGCUGAUUCUCCCGAAUCAUUACUUAAUAGGCCUGUUCAUUCUGAUACUCCCCCUUAUUUGGACUUGUUUGAUUCUCCCCAGCUUAUGGCUACUCCAGCCCAGGUUGAAAGGUCUGUUUCUUACAAUGAGCACCGACCAAGGAGACCUCCACCAGAUUUGCCUUCUUUACUGCUCCACGGAAGAAUUAUCUAUAUAGGGAUGCCAUUGGUUCCUGCUGUCACUGAGCUUGUGGUGGCAGAGUUGAUGUACUUACAAUGGAUGGAUGCUAAGGAACCUAUUUACAUUUAUAUAAAUUCUACCGGUACCACUAGGGAUGAUGGUGAAACGGUUGGAAUGGAAACCGAAGGUUUUGCUAUCUAUGACGCAAUGAUGCAGCUUAAAAACGAGAUACACACAGUUGCAGUUGGUGCUGCUAUAGGUCAGGCUUGUCUGCUGCUUUCUGCUGGAACCAAGGGAAAGAGGUUUAUGAUGCCCCAUGCAAAAGCCAUGAUUCAACAACCUCGCGUACCAUCAUCUGGAUUAAUGCCAGCAAGUGAUGUUGCGAUUCGUGCAAAAGAGGUAAUCAUAAACAGGGAUACUCUUGUCAAAUUAUUGGCUAAGCACACAGAAAAUUCUGAAGAAACAGUUGCUGAUGUGAUGAGAAGACCAUUUUAUAUGGAUGCAACCAGAGCCAAGGAAUUUGGUGUCAUAGACAAGAUUCUUUGGCGGGGUCAAGAAAAGAUUAUGUCUGAUGUUUCCGCACCUGAGGACUGGGAUAAGAAUGCUGGAAUUAAAGCUAUUGAUGCAAUUUGAGCAUUCUACCGACAUUGUUUGUAUUGCCUUGGUGCUGCCUGCGAUUGCAAUUCCACCAGAAAAACUUGGAAGAACUGAGCUUUGUUCAUGAUAAAUAAUAGAAAUGGUUAUGUACAUUGCAAAUUGACUCAAUGUUAGCUACUCCUAUACAGAAUUCAGUAAGUUGUUUUAGUUUCAAAAUGUUUUGAGAUUUUAUAAACUUAGAGCUUAUUAGAAAAGUUUAAUGCUC